CGACAACUUUCGGGCAAAAGGAUUUCAAGUUCGUUCUUAAAGCUUUCUCCGUCCCUUGUUACUCUCAAUCGACGCUUACCAGCAACUGAGGUCAUCAUGGCAAAGACCACCACCCUCAAGGAAUUCGAGUCCGUCUUCCCCAAGCUUGUUGAGGACCUCCUCGAUCAUGCCAAAUCGUACAAGCUCCCUGAAGAGUUUUUGAACUGGUACAAGGCUUCUCUCAAUGCCAAUACCAUUGGUGGAAAGUGCAAUCGCGGAAUGUCUGUACCAGACUCCGUUUCCAUGCUCCUCGAAUCCCCCCUCUCCGAAGAGCAAUACUUCCAGGCUGCUACGCUGGGAUGGAUGACCGAGCUCUUGCAGGCUUUCUUCUUGGUAUCGGACGAUAUCAUGGACAGCAGCAUCACUCGUCGAGGUGCACCUUGCUGGUACAGACAGCCACAAGUCGGAAUGAUUGCUAUCAACGACGCUUUCUUGCUGGAAUCUGCAAUCUACAGCCUCCUCAAGAAAUACUUCCGUAGCCACCCCUCAUACAUUGAGCUCGUCGAAUUGUUCCACGAAGUUACGUUCCAAACCGAGAUCGGCCAAUUGUGCGACCUGCUGACUGCACCGGAGGACAAGAUCGAUCUUGACAAUUUCUCGAUGUCCAAGUAUCAAUUCAUUGUCAUCUACAAGACUGCAUACUAUUCCUUCUACCUCCCCGUUGCCCUCGCUUUGUACCAUCAAAACAUCGCCACACCGAAGAACCUGAAGCAGGCUGAAGACAUCUUGAUUCCUCUGGGAGAAUAUUUCCAGAUCCAGGACGAUUACUUGGACAACUUCGGCCUUCCAGAACACAUUGGCAAGAUUGGCACUGAUAUCAUGGAUAACAAGUGCUCAUGGUUGGUCAAUCAAGCUUUGGCGAUUGCCACUCCCGAGCAGAGAAAGGUGUUGGAGGAUAAUUAUGGACGCAAGGACAAGACUCACGAGGCUGCUGUCAAGAAGCUUUACGAUGAGCUAAAGCUGGAGCAAAUCUACAAGGAGUACGAAGAGAAGCGUGUUGAUGAGAUCAGAAAGCUGAUUGCCAAUGUUGACGAAUCAGAGGGCCUGAAGAAGACUGUUUUCGAAAGUUUCUUGGCCAAGAUUUACAAGCGAAGCAAGUAAAAUGGGAGUGGGGUACAGGCACAUGGGUUGGGGCGGGAGUCCUGCCACAAAAACUGCCUUCUACUUAUUAUAGACAUGAGCUACUUGAGCUUCUAUGCCCAUAUUCAUUUAUGCUCUCAGUGCGCAUAAUACAUAAUACCUUCGCUGGUCUUGAAUCUUCCGGAUCGCUCUAUCAGUGCAGCCUUGUUUAGACCCUUCACAUUAUGGUCAAUCCGGAAGGUCGGCAAACUGUG